AUGGCAUCGUCAGUUCAGGAGACUCCAGAGGACCUCAAAGCGAGGCUGAAGGCAUCGUAUGAUGCUAUUGCCCCCGAAUACAAUGCGUGGACUGUCAAGAACUCGGAGUUUCGAGUCGUCUAUCUCGACAAACUCUUGCCGCUCCUCCCUAAGGAAAACGCUACCGUGCUUGAGUUAGGAUGUGGAGCUGGGGUUCCUGUGAUAGAGAGGCUUCUUGCGACUCCCGGCAUCGCCGCCGUGACCGCCAAUGAUCUGUCCAGCGCCCAGAUCGCAUUGGGCAAGGAGAAAUUGGGUACGGAUCGAAUUACAUGGGUUGAAUGCGACAUGAUGUCUCUUGACUUUCCGGCAGCCUCCUUCGAAGCUGUGUUGGGUUUCUACAGCGUGAUUCAUCUUCCACGCGAAGAGCAGACUCAGCUGCUUGCGAAGAUCGUCGAAUGGUUGAAGCCAGGCGGUCAUAUCCUCAUCAACUUUUCGGCCGAAGCCAUGGACGCAGCCAUCAAUGAGAAGUGGCUGCAUGAGAAGGGCUGGAUGUUCUGGUCUGGCUGGGGAGCCGACACAAGUCUUGAGCAGGUGCGGAAGGCCGGGCUCGAGGUUGUUGUCGGCGAGGUAACCAAAGACCAUGUCGAUGCCUCAUUUCUCUGGGUCAUUGCUAAGAAGUCAGUUGUAUGA